CUCUCAGAGAUUAUAGUUUGUGUCGGCAACCGGAAAAGUUUUAAACUGUAAAGUUGCAAAUUAUUUUUAAGUGCAAAUUUCUUAGUAUUGUGUUAAUUUGAAACGUAAAGUGUUAUAAUAAAUCUAUAUAUACAUAUACAUAAUGGCAGCUCAAACAAUUUUAUUUGAUUUUACUGUGGACACGGAAAAAACGUCCGAUCCAAAAUCACGACAGGAAAUAGCAAAAUUGUUACGCAGUGAAUUGGAGCACAUUUUCCCCCAACUGGAGCUCGCUUACCAAAUGACAAUGGAUGAUGGUUACUACUGUGUACUGGCCGAAAAUAAGGAAACUAUUAUCACGUGCCGUAUAUUUAAUCAGGGCUUAGUUACUAUCAAUGUUGAAUAUUACUUGGAGGAAGGCAAGGAACCAAUAAUGUCCUUCGAUACCAUGCGCACAAUGGAACUUAUUUUGCGUCAGAAAUUAGAGUCAGACCGUUCAAAGUAUUUACCGCCGAUUAAACGUGGUGGAUAUAUUGACAUAUACAUGACUAGCUCAGAUGAGCGCAUCAUUGAGUACGACAUCGAUUCUUUAGUUUAUGAGGCACGUUCACCAUUUCAGAAGAUACAAAUACUGCACUCGAAGACACUUGGAAAUAUGUUAGUCUUAGAUGAAUUGCAAAAUAUUGCAGAAUCUGAUCUCAUUUACACGGAAACUCUAAUGGGACGCGGUAUUGAAGACUACAAAGACAAAGAAAUUUGUAUUUUGGGAGGCGGUGACGGUGCUCUUCUCUAUGAACUGUUGAAGGAGAAACCGAAAUUCGUGGUUAUGCUAGAAAUUGAUGAACUCGUCAUGCAAGCAUGUAACAAAUACCUGAAUAGUAUUUGUGGGGAUGUGCUGGAGAAACGUAAAAGCGAUGCUUAUGAAAUAGUUGUGGGUGAUUGCGUGGAAUAUAUGAAGAAAUUUAUUGCGGAAGGACGCAAAUUUGAUUAUGUUUUUGGUGAUCUUACUGACAUACCAAUAUCCGGAGCACCAAUUGGUGAGUGCUGGGAUUUCAUACGCACCAUCUUGGAGCAUUCAUUCAAAAUCCUAAAACCAGAUGGUAAAUAUCUGACGCAUGGCAAUGGCACCAGUUGCAUGGAAUCUUUAGAGUUGUUCGAAGAUCAAUUACGUUUGCUUAAGCCGAAAGUAAAAUUCACAACUUCAAAGGCUUUCGUGCCAUCAUUUAUGGAAGAAUGGCUCUUCUAUCAGGUCUCUUUGGCUUGACCAACUAAAGUUUGUCAAAUAAAUGUAGACUCUCUUAAGCAGCGACGACUAAUUUACACUAUCAAAAGCGAUUCCCUGCAAUUGACUAAACAUGAAAUUAAUACAAUUGGCACAUGUUUUCAAUUGUCGGAUGCGAACAGUAAAUUUAUUUCUUCCGCUACACAGUGCAAUGCAAACAGUAGUUGUGGAUUGACAACAAAUGUUGGAAGUCCCCUACCCACACAUAGUCGCUUCCUCUACCAUGCUAUGGUGUCUUAGUGGAAAUUUCUUUCAUCGCACUCCGCACUAACGUCUUUGUCUUCUAAUCCACUUUGUAUUUUUCCACAUACACGAACGGCUGUUAGACCAAAUCCAAACCAAAUAUUUAGAACCAAUGUUAUUAUUACUUUAAGUUAGCGGUAAACGACUACCCAGAAACUUUUUAUAAUUUAAGAUUGACCGCAUGGAAAAUACAUUUUAAGAGUCUUUUAGUUUAAAAAAAAGUU